UAAAACAGAAGUGGCUUAUUCAUUUUAUAAUUCUACGGAGCCAAAUAUAUUUGGCCACACAAAGUUAACCCGCAACAGAUUGAACACAUUUGAAUCUUAUAACGAUCGUGUUGAAUUUGGUCGCAGUGUAUAUUAUCCUCCACCGAUUAAUGAAAUACCAUCAUAUCGUUAUAAUUAUAGUUAUCAAAUACCCCCAAUACAAUCAUACGUUUGUGAAACAAAACCAUUUCAAUAUCGUUAUAAUAGUGAUAUUGCAGCAACAUCAAGGGAUAUUGAAACAGAACAUAAACCAAUUUAUUAUCAAUACGGUGGUAUUAUAACAAGUGCUGAUAAUAAUUUUGAUUUUGAAGUACGUUCAACAACUGCCAUAUCUCCAAUUAAAUUAAUUACACCAAUAACACCAACAUCACCAACAGAAGGUGCAUCACGUACACCAAGUGAAAGAGGUUCAAUAUUAAGUUGUGAAAAUACUACUAGUGGUCGACCAAUAAUUGGUGCACUUGAAAGUGAUUUUAUACAGAUUCAAAGUGACGAUAGUAUUGAAGAUCCAUAUAAUAGAGCCAAAAAUAAUAAUUAUAGCUGUACAAUAAAAAAUCGUAAUACAUUUAAUAAUAAUAAUAAUAAUAAUAAUAAUUAUAAUAGACAACAAGAAAAUAAAAUCGAUACACAUCAUAGUUUUAGUAGAAAUACCUAUUGUUCAGAUGAUAUACAUAGUACGAAAAGAAUGAUGGUUAGUAAAAUAUGGAAUAAAUGUUUUCCAGAAUUACAUUCAGAAUAUCAAGUACAUCGUCAUAAUUUUUAUUUAUGUCAGUGGCAACGUGGAACACAAGUUGGUAUUUUAUAUUUAUUUUAUCGAUGGCUUACAGCAAUUACUUGUUUGGCAGUGGUAGUUUGUUCCUUAUUAGAUAUUGGUCAUUCUUCUGAUGAACAAUUUGAAAAUCAUUAUGCAAAAUGGUGGAUUUAUUUAACAAAUUGGGGUUUAUUAGUAUGUGCAAUACAAGCAUGGUUUGCUGCAUGGAUUGUAACACAAGGUAUGAUGGUACGUCGAGAUGAUUUUGAACUUGUUAGAAGAAUGAAUAAAAGUUAUUUUCAUAAUAUAUAUUGGGUAUUAUAUACGGUAGCAACAGUAUAUUCAUUUAUAAUAUCACUGUGUUAUUGGUGUUUAGUUCAUAAUCCUGAAAUUCAUAAAGUUGAUACGCUGAACAUUAUGGUACAUGUUUUCAACUCUGUGAUAAUGUUAAUUGAUUUGGCUAUUGUUGGACAUCCUAUCAAAUUAGGUCAUAUAUAUUAUACAACAGUAUUUGGUGCUAUUUAUGCAUUAUUUACGGGGAUAUAUUAUUUAGCGGGAGGAACUGACAGGCUUAAUCGUGUUGCAAUAUAUCCUUUAUUAGAUUGGACAAAACCGGGUAAAGCAGUUAUUGUGUCAAUAUGUGCUGUCAUUUUUGUAGCAAUCGUUCAUUUCUUAUGUUAUACUUUAUAUCGCCUUCGAGUAUGUUUAUUUAAAAAAUUAUGCGUUCGUCAUUUAAACAAUCACGAUAUAGGAGAGUUAGAUGAUGGAUUAAAUUCUGAAUAUCAACAUCAACAAAAUUUAACAAAAUGUCCGGAGAGUGCUGGUAAUCCGGGUAUUUGUAGUGAAGCUUUUGUAAGCAAUCAAAUUAGCUAUGAACAUCAAUAUCAACAAUUACCACAGUCUCAUCAACAAUUUGAAAGACAAUAUCAUACGCUUUCCAGCCAAUGCCAAGACAAUAAUAAUAAAGAUAAAAUAAAGUUUUUAACUGCAUCAGUUUCUGAAGAACAAAAACAUGAAGAACAAUUUGUAAAUCCUAAUAAAAUUUUAGAAUAUAAAAUGUAAGAAGUAAAUACUUCCGUUGAAAAUUUA